AUGAGAUCUUAAAGAAUAGUACUUUUAUUAGAGAGAUUGUAUAGUAUGGAUGAGAAAUUAGGAGGUAAUGAAAGAAAGAAGAAUGUAAAGAAUCCUUAGAAAGAAUUUGAUUAAAUGAUUGAUGAUUUAAAAGAGGAAAUUGAAAUGAUUUCUGCAAAAUAGAAAGACAGAGAUAAGAGAAAUCAAAAGUAUGGAAAUGAUGAGGAAGCUAUUCGUUUAGGAGUAGAAAUAAGAGAAUCUAUUUAAAAAUGCGAAUAGUAAUAUAAAUCAUUAGAGAAAUCUCUAUUAAGAUAAUUAAAGAAGCCUUAAGUAAUCAUCUUCAUUUAUUUCUAAUAUAGAAAUAUAAUUAAUAAGAUUUGGAGUUAAGAGUUACAUCAUUUAAAGUAUUAAAGUUUGCUUUAAAGGGAACCAAAAUGAAAGAGUUUGGAGUAGAAGAAUAAGAAUUUAAAGGAGUGACACUUAAUGAAUUAAAGAAUUAAGUUUUUGAAGGGGGUACACAUUCUCAAUAGAAUUAAUUGGAGUAUUAGGAUCAUUUAAGUUUAGAAGAAUAAGAGGCUAUGUAAAGAUGGAAUUUGAAUGAUGAAUAAAUGGAUAAAUAAUUAGAUGAAAUUAUAUCAGGAUUGGAUUAACUGCAUUAUAAAGUUUAAUCAAUGAGUUAGGUAUUUAUUUUGAAUUAAUUGUUGUAUAGAAAAUUGAUUAAACUGAUGGAUAAGUUAAUAAGUUAAUUAAAGAAGUUGAUAAAACUAAUAAAAAUUUAAAUAAUGCUAAUUAAGCUUUGAAAAAACUAACUCAAGUUUAUAGAAGACCUAAUAAAUUUGUUCUGGAUAUUGCAUUUAUAUUAUUAUUAUUGGGUUUGGUUGCUACAAUAAUUACAACAUUCACUAAGAAGUGA